AUGGAACCAGGUACAGAACCAACCUACACAAUCAUUUCUGGAGGUCGCCCUAUCGACGAGCCCAACCCGUGCAAUUUCAUGCCAAAUGACAAGGUCUAUAUUCGCGCUGUUGGAAAUGCUCCAAGGGAGGGGCCGUAUACUGUUUCAUGGGCCGAUCAAGGUGUCUACAAGCUUUGUGAUGCGCGAGGUCGAACCAUAAUGAAUGGAAAAACCUUUGGAGACACGGACCUGGAGGAAUACAACGAAUUUGAGUAA